CCGAGACUCGCCGCCGCAGCCGCCGGAGUAGCCGCCGCCGGAGCAGCGCGCAGCCAUGGCCGAGAACCCCGGCUUAGAGAACCACCGCAUCAAGAGCUUUAAGAAUAAGGGCCGAGAUGUAGAGGUGCUGAUUGCUCCAACCGUCUUGAUAUGUUUCCCUCUUUCUUCCUAAUUUUGCAGAACAUGAAGUUUUUCAGGAAUCUAUACGUCAUAUAGCAGACAAUGCGAAGACACAGAAAUGAAGUGACAGUUGAACUGAGAAAGAACAAAAGAGAUGAACACUUACUGAAAAAAAGAAAUGUUCCCCAAGAAGAAAGUUUAGAAGAUUCAGAUGUUGAUGCUGAUUUUAAAGCACAAAAUGUAACACUAGAAGCUAUAUUGCAGAAUGCCACAAGUGAUAACCCAGUGGUCCAGUUGAGUGCUGUCCAGGCUGCAAGAAAACUAUUAUCCAGUGACAGAAAUCCACCAAUUGAUGACCUAAUAAAAUCUGGAAUUUUACCAAUUCUAGUGAAAUGUCUAGAAAGGGAUGAUAAUCCUUCAUUACAGUUUGAAGCUGCGUGGGCAUUAACCAAUAUAGCAUCAGGAACUUCUGCACAGACUCAAGCUGUUGUACAGUCUAAUGCCGUACCUCUUUUUCUAAGACUUCUCCAUUCACCACAUCAGAAUGUUUGUGAACAAGCAGUAUGGGCUUUGGGAAACAUUAUAGGUGAUGGUCCUCAAUGUAGAGAUUAUGUCAUAUCACUGGGAGUUGUCAAACCUCUUCUGUCCUUCAUCAAUCCCUCCAUUCCCAUCACCUUCCUUCGGAACGUCACAUGGGUCAUUGUCAAUCUCUGCAGGAAUAAGGAUCCCCCACCGCCUAUGGAGACAGUUCAGGAGAUUUUGCCAGCAUUAUGUGUCCUCAUAUACCAUACGGACAUAAACAUUCUUGUGGAUACUGUUUGGGCACUGUCAUACCUGACAGAUGGAGGUAAUGAGCAGAUACAGAUGGUUAUUGAUUCAGGGGUUGUGCCAUUUCUUGUGCCCCUUCUGAGCCACCAGGAAGUGAAAGUUCAAACAGCAGCACUCAGAGCGGUUGGCAACAUAGUGACAGGUACCGACGAGCAGACCCAGGUUGUUCUCAACUGCGAUGUCCUGUCACACUUCCCAAAUCUCUUAUCACACCCAAAAGAGAAGAUAAAUAAGGAAGCAGUGUGGUUCCUUUCCAACAUUACAGCAGGCAACCAGCAACAAGUUCAAGCUGUAAUAGAUGCUGGAUUAAUCCCUAUGAUUAUUCAUCAACUUGCCAAGGGGGACUUUGGAACACAAAAAGAAGCUGCUUGGGCAAUUAGCAACUUAACGAUAAGUGGCAGAAAAGAUCAAGUUGAGUACCUUGUACAGCAGAAUGUAAUACCACCAUUCUGUAAUUUACUGUCAGUAAAAGAUUCUCAAGUUGUUCAGGUGGUUCUAGAUGGUCUGAAAAACAUUCUGAUAAUGGCUGGUGAUGAAGCAAGCACAAUAGCUGAAAUAAUAGAAGAAUGCGGAGGUUUGGAGAAAAUUGAAGUUUUACAGCAGCAUGAAAAUGAAGACAUAUAUAAAUUAGCAUUUGAAAUCAUAGAUCAGUAUUUCUCUGGUGAUGAUAUUGAUGAAGAUCCUAGCCUCAUUCCUGAAGCAACACAAGGAGGUACUUACAACUUUGACCCAACAGCCAACCUUCAAACAAAAGAAUUUAAUUUUUAAGUUCAAUUGAGUGCAGCAUCUUUCCCACAUUCAAUAUGAAGCACCACCAGAUGGCUACCAAAUGACAAGAACAACAAGUACAAAAGGCUCCAAAACAUACAUGCCUCUUUGUUUUGAUGCUUCUAAAGCAAGCCAUGUCUCAGUCACUUUGCAGUUGCCAAAAGUCACUAUCCACAUGGACUGUAAAUGCAUAUGCAUGAUUUCCUAAACUGUUUUAGAAUUCUCCUUAACAAUCUCAACUACCCUAUUUUUCCCUGUUCCCUGGUGCCACACGCUGACAACCGCAGUCUCCAGUUUAGAAUAUUCUGUAGUGGUGGCAUGUCAGCUGCCCACUUGAUAUUCCUUUGGAAAAUGGUGCGCUAUGGAUCAAGACACUUUGGUAUGACACAUACACAUGUUGGAAGACUUUAAAGAGGUGCAGUCUGAUCUGAGCCUCCAUCAUUGUCCUCCACAAACAUAUUUUCAUACUCUUUAUGUGGAAGAAUAGAUUUUAAAGUACAAGCCAAAUGAUUUUCAUUGGUGGAACUGACACAAACAAAAAGUAACUUAAAAAAAAGAAACUUGGUUAUUGAUUAAACAGAUAAGUUUUAAAAAA